GACAGCGCGACUCCAUAGUAAAGUCGGUGGCGGCGCACAGUUUCUGGCCGCUGCUCUGUCCCGGGUCUGCGAGUUUCUUUAGCUACUACCCAGCCAUGUCGUCCUGCACCCGCGUGGCGCUGGUGACCGGAGGCAACAAGGGCAUCGGCUUUGCCAUCACCCGCGAUCUCUGCCGGCGGUUCCCGGGGGACGUGAUGCUCACGGCGCGGGACGAGGCGCGGGGCCUUGCGGCGGUGCAGCAGUUGCAGGCUGAGGGGCUGAGCCCGCGCUUCCACCAACUAGACAUCGACGACCUGCAGAGCAUCCGUGCCUUGCGCGACUUCUUGCGCAAGGAGUAUGGGGGCCUCGACGUGCUGGUCAACAACGCGGGCAUUGCCUUCAAGAUGGCAGAUCCCACACCCUUUCCUAUUCAAGCAGAAGUAACAAUGAAGACAAAUUUUUUUGGUACCAGAGAUGUCUGCACAGAGCUGCUCCCCUUAAUAAAACCACAAGGCAGAGUGGUGAAUGUGUCAAGUUCCGUGAGUCUCUCAGCCCUUAAGAAGUGCAGCCCAGAGCUGCAGCAGAAGUUUCGAAGUGAGACCAUCACUGAGGAGGAGCUGGUGGGGCUGAUGAACAAGUUCGUGGAAGACACAAAGAAUAAAGUGCAUGAGAAGGAGGGCUGGCCCAACACUGCAUAUGGGGUGUCCAAGAUUGGGGUCACGGUCCUGUCCCGAAUCCAUGCCAGGAAACUAAGUGAAGAGAGGAAAGGGGACAGGAUCCUACUGAAUGCCUGCUGUCCGGGUUGGGUGAGAACUGAUAUGGCGGGGCCCUUGGCCACCAAAAGCCCAGAAGAAGGAGCUGAGACCCCCGUGUACUUGGCUCUUCUGCCCCCUGAUGCUGAGGGGCCACAUGGACAGUUUGUUCAGGAAAAAAGAGUUGAACAAUGGUGAACCUUACACCUCCACCCACAGUUGCCAUCUUUGUGCCGUAGGCUGAUGUGACACAAAGGAUAUGGACACUGUGGAG